AAAAAGACUACUUUCUGGACCGAAAUAGAAGACUCCUAGUUUAUUGCGACACUGCGAGUUCUACGUUGAAAAUAUCCGCGUUCGCCUUCUUGUAUUAUCUCGCCUCUCCUUUGUCUUCCCUCCGUCAAUGGCGGUCUCAAGACUCUGAAUUGCCCGCCCUUUCGUCCUCUCUCCUUCGAUUGAUUCGAACUACGUGAAACCUGUUGAUUUGUCCUCCAUACUCCCAUUAUGGCCCCGUCCCGACCAGGCAGAUCGAAUUCUACCAAUGCGCCCCGGGAUUCCCUAGAACUUGCCUCUCUUGCGUCCUCAUCCCCCGACACUACCACCAGAUCUUCCCGUUCCUCCUCUCCCUCUGGUAUAUCAUCCUCGCGCAAACUCUCGCUCGAAGAACAGGACCCGCUAGGCGAUUUCUCACAUGGCGAUCCAGAAUCCGGGCAUGGGAGAUCGGGUGGACGAUCGUAUUCUAUAUCCUCGGCCUUUGAUUUCGGGAGGACGUUGUUUCCGCUCUCCUCCACUGCAGCUGGGGGUUAUGCUCCGAUAGGCGCGCCGUCGACAUUAGAUCGAGAAGGGGUAGCGGAUGGAUCAUUGGAAAGGCAUAAAACGCUUACGUAUCUAAAUGGGCUGUCAUUGGUGGUUGGCGUUAUUAUUGGUUCGGGGAUUUUCUCGUCUCCUAGCCAGGUCAAUGCGAAUGCUGGGUCUCCGGGUGCGUCGCUGAUUGCAUGGGUUGUGGCGGGUGUGUUGGCGUGGACUGGUGCCGCUAGCUAUGCUGAGCUGGGAGGCGCAAUUCCUCUUAAUGGCGGGUCGCAGGUUUACUUGUCCAAGAUCUUCGGAGAACUGGCCGGUUUCCUCUUCACGUGGUGUGCAGUUUUGGUGCUUAAACCAGGAAGCGCAGCUAUUAUCGCCAUUGUCUUUGGGGAAUAUGUCGUGCGGGCCGCUGUUGGUGCGAAUGUCGAGCAGGUUAAUCCCUGGAUCGGUAAAGGUGUCGCCUUCGGUGGUGUCUUUGCCGUGAUUUUAGUGAACUGCAUAUCUACGAAAGUGGCUACCCGUGUCGGUGACAUUUUUAUGAUAUUCAAGUUUAUCGCCUUGGUGGGGAUUACUGUCAUUGGGAUUGUGGUCGCUAUCACGGGUGUUUCGUCUAGUGGGAGUGCGAGUAAUGAAUGGAAAUCUGGCUGGUUCCGAGGUACCAACACUGAUAUAUCCGGCUGGGCUGUCGCAUUGUAUGCUGGUCUUUGGGCGUUUGAUGGUUGGGAUAACACAAACUACGUGACAGGCGAAUUCAAACGUCCGAACCGCGAUAUUCCCCGCGUUAUCCAUACAGCCAUGCCAUUGGUAAUCCUCUGCUACCUAAUGGCAAACGUCUCAUACUUCUUAGUCCUACCACACUCGACAAUCGAAGCAAGCAAUGCCAUCGCUGUCGAGUUCGGCGAGCAAGUCUUCGGAACAGCAGGAGCCAUAGUCCUAGCCCUAGUGGUCUCUAUAAGCUGCAUCGGCGCCCUUAACGCAACAACCUUCACAAGCGGCCGUCUAGUCUACAUUGCCGGAAAAGAAGGUUACCUCCCAGCCCUAUUCGGCAAACUAGGUGCCUGCGGUUACUCCUCAGCUACUUCUUCACCACCCCUCGACAACCGCUUGCACCGUCGUCUGUGCCGCUUCUUCGGUGACACCUCCACCAUCGGCCGUACCCCGGUCUACGCAAUGGCUCUUAACGGUGCGCUGAUCGUUAUUUACAUCAUUCUUGGCGAGUUCAAGACCCUAGUCACCUUCUACGGUGUCGCGGGGUAUACAUUCUACUUCCUCACGGUUUUGGGUUUGAUAGUCCUGCGCAUUCGCGAACCGUACCUGGAACGCCCGUAUAAGACAUGGAUCUCAACCCCGAUCAUCUUCUGCUGUGUUAGUCUUUUCCUGCUUAGUCGAGCGGUUAUCUCAGAGCCCUUGCAGACGUUGAUCGUGGUCGCAUUUAUUAUCGUCGGUGUCCCGGUGUAUUACUGGCGUAUCUACCAGCGGGAUGGCAGAUUGCCGUUCCCUUGCGGAUGGAAGUUGAACUGGAAGUUCUGGAAGGGGAGGCCAUAAUUUUUCUCUGUGUCUUCUAUUUUUCGUUUUCUUUGGCGAACGCCACGCAUGAUGAAUUGAUACUGAUACCCAUGCAUAUGUAUAAUUGAGAGUUACCGGGGGUAACUAAAUGAAAGCUGGGCUUACUUUUGACCUUAAUAUUGUCUUUAUAGAUGCAGUUUCUACGAUUGAUGUCAGGAAAGGGUGAGGGCAUGGCAUGGUAUACAUAACAGUGUAUAGAAUCAUUAAUCUUAAUCUCAUAACUCAUGAUACUCGACUUU